UCAGGUUUGGUCGCCAGUCGUAAGUCAUCCGUCCAUCAGAACGUCAUCUUAAGCGUGAUUUUAGUGGUCGUAUUGAUUGGCCAAUCGGACGCCCAGAAGAAGAAUAACAGACGGCGUAACCGAAACAAAAAGGACCAAUGUCACUUACGAGAAGCAGAGGCCUGUGUCAACAAAAUGCAAGAUCUCGGUAAAGGCAAAGACCCGACCUCUCUCAUCGCCACUGCCGCUGGUUUGGACAAGAUUUGCAAAACCAUAAGAGAGGACACAUUGAAGUGCGUGAAAGCGUACGGCAAAAAGUGCGGAACACCUCUUCACAGAGAGGUCUUGGAUCUGGUUUUGGAUCAAAUGACCGGUCGUUUGAACAAAUUCUGUAAAGCAGACAAUCCCGACAGAAUUGAUUUCCUGAAGGAGAGCCCCUGUAUUCACAAGAAGGUGUUGAGCACUGAGGAGUAUAAGAAGGGCUGCAACAAUAACUUCUUGGCGUCCGUGGAUCAGGUGGACGACACAGUGACCGGCAAUAGCGACGACUCUCACGCCCGCAUGUGUUGCGGUUACUCCGUAUGGUAUGACUGCACCACCAAAUUGAUCAAGGACAAAUGCGGCGAACUGGCCAUCAAGAACUACGACAAGUUUAUGGGCGGAGUGUUCGGCACACUGACCAACAUGGCGUGUCCGGCGGAGCUGUUCCCGGCCCAGUCCGACCAGUGCCAGAAGUUGAAGCCGGCGCCGGGCACUAAGGCCAAGGGCAAAGUCGGCGACAACGCUCUCACCAAAUACAUCACAUCCAUGUUCUCAUUCCUCUUCAUUACUGACCAGUAAUACUAUAGGAUUGACCG